GUGUUUCUAUGUAUCUGCAGCUUAAAAAAAAACAAGUUUAUGUGGAGAAAGUGGAAAGGAUGCAACAGGCUCUGGCUCAGCUCCAAGCAGCAUGUGAGAAGAGAGAACAACUAGAACACCGUCUUCGUACAAGACUGGAGAGAGAGCUGGAGUCUUUACGUCUGCAGCAGCGUCAAGGAACCUCACAGAGCAGCGGCUUGGUGACAUCAGAGUACAAUGCCACAGCACUAAUGGAGCACCUAAGAGAGAAGGAGGAGCGCAUUCUGGCUCUGGAGGCUGACAUGACUAAAUGGGAGCAGAAGUAUUUAGAAGAAAGUGUAAUGAGACAGUUUGCCCUGGAUGCUGCCGCAUCCGUUGCUAUGCAGAGGGAUACAUCUGCAGCAGGGAUAAACCACUCUCCAAGCAACAGCUACGAUACUUCUGUUGAAGCUCGAAUUCAGAAGGAAGAAGAAGAGAUACUAAUGGCCAAUCGUCGCUGCCUCGAUAUGGAGAGCAGGAUAAAGAAUCUUCAUGCCCAGAUCAUUGAGAAAGAUGCCAUGAUAAAGGUUCUUCAUCAGCGCUCUAGGAAGGAACCCAUGAAGUCUGAUGCACCGUCUGCCAUGCGGCCUUCUAAAUCCUUGAUGUCCAUCUCCAACACUGGUCCAAGUGGUUCAGGACUGCUUUCGCCCAGCCUUGGGCUUAGCAGCUCACCAAUCACUGAGGAGCGCAAGGAUGCCAGCUGGAAGGGAAGCCUCGGAGUUCUGCUGGGUCCAGAGUGUCGCACAGAGUCUCUGCGGACAGAAUCCAUUUCAUCAUCCCCUUCCCCCGUACUUUCUACCACUCCGAUGACUACAGGUCACUCAAAGACAGGCAGCCGGGACAGCUGCACACAGACUGACAAGGGUCAAAGCCAGGAAGCCAGCAAGCUCAGCCCUUCAGUCCUGCAAAGUAUGACUCUGCCUGCCCGCCUAUCAAGCCCCAGCCCGGUCUACAUCCCAGAUCGCUUAGCAGAAGUUCCAGUGUUUCACAGCAGCACCUUUGAACGGAGGUUUCUUGUGCAGACCCAUUCACAGCAACAAGCUCUCUCUUCAGCUCCAGCAGUCCAACAAGAGGUAGACUCAGACAUCGUUGAGAUCCUCAUAUGAAACCAUGAAUUUAAGAAAGGAAAAAACCGUAUAUGCGUAAGUGAUGAAUGGCAGCUUCAUCACAAGAACUCUCUUAAUCAUUCUGCACACUUAGAGCUACAUCCUUGUCCUGAGACAUUUUGAUUUAUCUUUUCAUCCUAUAUCCUUUCAUUCUAUAAGUUUAACCUGACUGAAGAAAGAACAACAUUACAAGGGGUACAACUCUGCAUCAGAAAUGGGCCUGAAGCAAUUUCAGAGGUUAUUAUAUUUUUUCCCACUGGUUUCUGUUGUAUUCUUGAAAGUAAUAGGGAAUUAAAUAUACACUUUGUCUUAAAAAAUGUGCAUAGUUAGACAAUACUGAGCAGCAAAGUCCCCUCCAAACUCAGAUUCAUUUCAUUUGGGAUUUCUUUACCGAAGUUAAAGUGUUCUACUUGUUAAACACUUUUGUGUUUAAUAACUAGUUCUUGUGUUUAAUUAUUAGUAUAGAGACUGUAUUACUAACCAUAGUACCAAAUGUUUUUAGCACAUUUAUCAUACUUUGUAAGGUUUUCCAACAAACGCAGCUGGUUUUUGUUCAGCUUUCUGAAAAGACUUAAAGUAGCGAUGAAAGACCAUUGCUUUUUCAAGGUAACCAUUUCAAAUAUCAAGAAAUGUAUUCAGACUUAUCCCAUUGGACCAAUUGUAUAUACUGUUAUUUGCAUUAUUUAUUGCACAGAUUCACAUCUGCUUUGUGCUUUAUUUUAAGGCAUUUGGCCUUGCGUUUGCGUGUGUGUGUUUUUAUAUAUAUCUUAGACAUUAGAGAUACAUAUGCUGUCAGGUCUGAUAUCAACUAGUGUUUAACAAACCCUUCACAUAUAGAGGUUUACUUUGUGUCUGUUGUUUCUAACUUAAAACUACAAAUUUAAAAAGCUACAAACAUGACAAAUCAUAAUUGACUUAGCACAGGGGUGCUAAGAGCUUCUAUCCUGAAACUUUGAGAAGCAUCCUUUCUUCAACAGACUGGGAUCAGCUCUAAACAGACCUGAUGGCGAGCCAUUCAUUUGAUUCAGGUGUGUUGGAGCAGGGACACAUCUGAAAGUUGCAGGAUGGUAGCUCUCGAGGACUGGACUUGAGCACCUCUGAUUUAGAAGUUCAGCCUUUUAACUUUCUCUAAAUAUUAAUAUUUGUAUCUAGAUUAAAUUAAAUCAGCCUGACAUUUUACUGUGGUCACAUGCAUACAUAUAUUCAGGUUUAUUUUUGUUGUAUUAAUUAAAAAAGAGAACUUAUUCAAACACUUUUAUUACCAAUGCAAUUUAUUUUCAAGCAAAACCAUUUACUGUCAUCCAACUGGAAGAUGAGAUUUGAACCUGAGCACUUACAGUUUAUAGAAUGCAUAUGCAUAGUGCUGGUAAAUAUAAUUGCAUUUAAGGCUUCAUUUUAUUAUCGCAUGAAAAUACCCUGAAUAAAAACAAAAUCAUUGCUGCCUUUAACAAGAUAAGGAGCUUCUGCAAACUCCAUUCAGAAAGACCCCAGGUUGGGAGUCAAACCCAGGACCUUCUAGUUGCAAGCUAACAGUGCUACCAACCACACCACAGCACAGCCUUCAAUUCAAUUCAUUUCAUUUCAAUUGAAUUGAAUUGAAUUCAGUUUUAUUUAUAUAGCACAAAUUCACAAAAAAUGUCAUCUCAAGGCACUUUACAAAAUCUUUCAAUUUAAUUAUACAUACAUUCCAACUGAUCCUAGUUAACAAACAGUACAUUAUGCUCAAAUAGUUAUUCACUAAAGUUACAAUUUUUUCGAUCUAAUAAAACCCUGCAGAUUGCAUCGAGUCAUUGACUUGCAGUAUUAACUCUUCCUGGACCAGCAUGUAGCAACAAUCACAUGCACUGUGUUGAUAAUUUUACAGCAAUCCCUCAUACUGAGCAUGAAUGUAGCAAUAGUGAAGUGGAAGAGCUCCCUUUUAACACGAAGAAACCUCCAGCAGAACUUGGCUUAGUCCAAACGACCCUCUGCCACGAUCCACUGAGGGUUUGAGAAGACACAGCAGAGAGACAAAAAAGAAACAGAUGAGAUAAUAGGGGUGCGGUAUAUGGGGGGAAAGUGAUGACAAUUCUAAGGGCCCUGACCAACAGGGGGCCCUCCACAAUUUAUUUUUUUUAUUUUUUUGUUC